AGAGCUUGGACAGCCUGAGCGGGAGCUGCCCUCCUGUAGGGGUGGGAGAAUGGAGUGCUCGGGUGUUGGGUUUGAGCCUGAAGGUAAGGAGGGGCAGUGUGUUGAUUUACUAAAUGUGUGUAUGUUUGUACUGUUUCAGGUGAUCAGUAGUGUGUGAGUUCUCACAUGGCUUGCCCUGAGAACGUGUUUUUUCUCAUUGUCCUCUUUAUAUCAGGUGUUUUAGUCUGUUUUGGUCAACGAGAUUUGAUCACCACAAUGCCAGAUAAACUGGAUGUACUGACUGGCUCCUGUGUGCAAAUCCCAUGUUCAUUUGAUAUUCCUGACCAACAUAAGGAUACAUUUAACAGCGCAAUACUACCCUCUGGUGUGUGGAUUAAAGAAAACUCAAACUUUCGUGAGCGUCCGGACAGAGUGAUAUUCAACAGUAGUAAGUUGGUCAACAGAUAUCAAGGGGAGAUAACUGGAAACAUGUCCCAGAUGAACUGCACCACAGUCUUCUUCAAUGUAACCACCAGUUACACUAAUAAAUACUACUUCAGGAUUGAGAGUCAACCAUUCCGUGCAACAGAUCCAGAUAAGUCUGUUGAAAUAGAUGUCAGUGAUUUUCCUUACAGUCCCAUCCUUACUGUCUCAGGUGAGGUGAAGGAAGGGACCCCUGUCAGUUUGUACUGCUCUGCUUUCGCUCCCUGUCCUGAACACCCCCCUGAGCUGACAUGGACCCUCCCAACACAGUUCACAACUGAGAACCAACUGCAGGAGAAUCCAGACCAAACCAAAUCAGUUCUCUCCACGGUGACCUUCACUCCGUCAUACCAUCAUCAUGAGAAGAACAUCACUUGUACUGCAGUCUACCCAGUAGGGACAAGCAACAAGACAGCUGAACAUAACAUGAUCCUUAACGUUUACAUUUACAUUUAA